CCAUUCGCGGAAAAUGUCAUACAACGGUACAGGUCAUAGAUAUCUUCUCCCUUCAGUUGUGUCCUCUCGACUCCGCGGGAAGACAGCUGGGACUGGAGAGGUUGAUCCUUGUCUCUUAGAGUCUCCUCCUCCACUGAGAGGGACUGUAUACCUCCUCGGGGUCAAGUAUGACCUCCCGCGAGAUGGAGCUUCAUUUGUGGAAGAUCUCCAAAGUCGAUUUUGGUUUACUUAUCGUAAAAAUUUCCGUCCAAUCGGUGACACUGGGUAUACAUCAGACUCAGGUUGGGGGUGCACUUUGAGGUGUGGUCAAAUGCUGUUAGGCCACACCCUUUUACUUCGACAUUUAGGACGAGAUUGGAGGUGGAGUCCCUCGAGUUCAAAUGACUAUAAAUAUCAAAAGAUUCUAAGGAUGUUUUUGGACUACAGGGACAGCGAAUAUUCAAUACAAAUGAUUGCAUUACAAGGUGCUGAUUUUGGUCGCUCUGUGGGUCAAUGGUUUGGUCCUAAUAAUGUUGCUCAAGCAAUAAAGAGGCUAGCAGUUCACGACCAAUGGAGUGAGGUUGCUGUGUAUGUGGCAAUGGACAUGUUAGUAGUCAUUGAUGAUAUUAAGGCGCUGGCAAGACAGUCUCAUGGUGUGAAAGGAUCAGUUGAAGUGACAACAAUUGACGGGGAACACGUACCCACACCGGUCAAGACAAAAAUGCGCUCGGCCUCGUCCGACCCUGCCCUAAAUGAAGAUUUUGAAAUCCUAUCGGAAGAAAACGUCCCUGAUAUUGUCACAAAGUCUGUCGAUACGAAAUUAAGACGCUAUGGACAGAGAAAUUAUUCGCGUUCGUACGAUCCGUCUAUAGACGCGUCCCUGCUUAACUUAACAAUGGAGGACAUACAGAAACAGUGUAAAGCUAAGAGAGGAGAGGAUGGUCAAACUGAGAGGAUGACGACGUUCCAAGAUGAGGCUACCCCACCACCACAGAGCAGCUUCCGGCCUGUCUUAGUCUUCAUUCCUUUAAGACUGGGUCAAGAGCGGUUCAAUAUGGAGUACAAAGAGGCAGUGAAAGCCUGUUUUGCUGUGAGGCAAAGUGUAGGGAUCAUUGGAGGGAAACCAAGACACGCAUUAUGGUUUACUGGAUAUCACGAUGAUUAUCUCAUAUAUCUUGAUCCUCAUAAAACCCAGUCAUGUGUCACCCUUCCUGACGCCGGUAUCGUAUCAGACUCAACUUAUCACACGACUCAAAUUGAGCGUCUCCAUAUCAGUGAACUUGAUCCAUCUCUAGCACUGGGCUUCUUCUGCCAAACUGAAGCAGAUUUAGAUGACCUCUGUGAUAAGCUUAGAUCAGAUGUUCUCUCAAAAAUGAAAUAUUUGUUUGAGCUUACAAGACAUAGGCCAGCUUAUUGGGGACCCCCAGAGUCAGCAGACAACUUGUCAAAAGAGCCAUUUAUAUUGCUUCAAGUUGAGAAGAACAGCGACGAGAGUGACGAAGGAUUUGAAUUGGUCAAUUGGCCGUACCCACUUCCUGAGCCUGAGACCACACCCCCCAAUCCAAUGACUACUCCCCCGAGAUGACCAAUUAAAAACCGCAAAAAUUAUAAUCAAUGUUUUAUUGCACAAAGUUUAUAAUAAUAUAAUUAAUAAUAAUAAUAUUAAUAAAAGCAAGAGGAGCUUUCACUUAUAACAGUGUGCAUCAACAGCAAAGAGAAAAAGAGAAAUAAAAGAGAGAGAGGAGAGAUUUCACAGCAUGACUUCUCCCCACAGAGGUAAGAACGAGAGAGGAUAAAAAUAUGGAAAAAAAGAAAGAAAAACACAAAAGCAGCAAUUCCGUAGAUUCUACAUAAUAGUGUUAGCUCAAACCACCACCACAACAACAACAAUAAUAAUAUGGACAACAAAAACAUGUACAGUCAUCAACGCAUUACAGCUAAUUAAUAAUAAUAAUAAUAAUAAUUAAUAUAUAGAUAGAGAGAGGGAAAAAGAGCUAAAGCAGAGUUGUACACUUCUCUUCGCUGAGGGACUAAGAUAGAGCCUCGUAAGAGCUUUGCUUGCGGCUUCUUAUUCGCCCGAUGAUGUAA